AAAAUUGUGUGUGUUUUGUUGGUUGCUCUUUUCACAUUUUUUUGAUUCGCGCAAAUUGUCAAACGAAAACAAUUUACAUGUCUUGCCAAAAAUUUCAGAGCGAAGUAAUCAGCUGUCGUAGCAACGUUCGUCAGCACUUUAACAGCACCCAAAAAUAAUAAGAUCAUAAAGAAAACAUAAUAAUCACAAAAAAAAACUUGAGCGAAAGAAGUUGAAGACUUCCAAAAAUCAAUUAAAAACUACGAAAGAAAGCAAAUUAAGUCAUAAGUGAUAAAUCGAUUUGUUGGUCUUGGUAUCUUCAACUGCAUGGGUAAAGUUAUGCUAGCAAAUUCACUUCCGCCGCCCAACCGCAAGUGCCACCAGAAACAAUUAAAGUUGAAGAAAAUCGAAAUCUAUUUUAUGUUCAACAAUCUGUGCAAAAGAAAACCUUUAACGGAUUAUAGUUUAUUGACGCUAAACAUUCAAUCGGAAAGUGAGUAAAUUCUACAGUGACCGUUAAGUGUAUGUGAACAUUCAACAUUAAUCGAAGCACAGUUAAAAAAAAAAAAAAUUAUUAAUUAAUACGAUAAAAACACAAACACACACACAUUUUAUAGUUUGUUAAUUAUAGCUGCACAGUUCAACUUAAAAGCUCAACAUGGUCGGAGUUACAGCCGAUACUGCGCAAGCCGCUCAGCUCUCCUCGGCGAACAAUCCCAUGAUUAAAUACAUGCUGAAGCAGCGUGAAAAUCAUGCCAAAGAACAGGAUGCUGACUACUCGCAUGUUUUUCGCCGGAAAACGUCAUUUGAACUGUAUCGCUUAUCCGCCAUUGCGAUGGCCAUUGAGUUUGCCUAUGCCGCCGAGACGAGCUUUGUAACACCUAUAUUGCUACAGAUUGGCAUUGAUCACACGCACAUGACCAUGGCAUGGGGUUUGUCGCCGUUGAUCGGUUUCUUUGUCUCACCUCUGCUGGGCAGUAUCAGUGAUCGCUGCAAAUUGCGCUGGGGUCGAAGACGCCCAAUUAUUUCCCUGCUCUCACUGGGCAUAUUCUUUGGAUUGGUGCUGGUGCCGUAUGGCAAGGAUCUGGGCAGUUUGCUUGGCGAUGUAGGAUACAAUUACACCUUAACUCCUCCAAUUUCCAAUAGCUACGACAAUGUGAGCGCUGUUGCGGCUCUAAUCUCAGCUGAAUCUGAAGUGGGCACGUCGGUGGCUAAUUUCAAGUUUGCUAUAAUUUUAACAAUAAUCGGUUUGGUUUUAUUGGAUUUCGAUGCGGACACGUGCCAGACACCGGCACGCACCUAUCUGCUGGAUAUGUGUUUGCCCGAGGAGCAGUCGAAGGCGUUAACAACGUUCACAUUAUUUGCUGGAUUUGGCGGCACUAUUGGCUAUGCUAUUGGUGGCAUCGAUUGGGAGACAACGCAAAUUGGCACAUUUUUAGGCGGAAAUAUACCCACUGUAUUUAGCUUGGUGACGAUUAUUUUCAUCAUUUGCUAUCUGAUAACGAUAACAACAUUUCGAGAGAUACCCCUGAAGCUCAUUGAGAGCGAUGAGCUGCUGCGUCCACUCUCCGAGACGGCUAUUAAGCGAGAGCUAAAGAAGAACAACAAUGCCAUCUACUAUAUACAGGAGACUACAACUCUCGAGCUGCAAAUGGCCAAUGAUCUGAAGACUGUCGAUACCAUUAAUGGUUAUCAGAACAGUAGUGGGGGCCAGAUAAAAACACUGGAUGUCAAUACCGAAAUUGAGGAAACACCUAAAGUUUCACUGUGUGGGUAUCUGAAGAGCAUCUUCAUAAUGCCGCACUCGAUGCGCAUGUUGGCGCUCACAAAUCUCUUCUGUUGGAUGGGUCAUGUCACCUAUUGCCUCUAUUUCACCGACUUUGUCGGCCAGGCUGUCUUCAACGGGGAUCCCCAGGCGCCACCCAACUCGCUGGCGUUGCAGCUUUAUAACGAAGGUGUUCGGUUUGGCUGCUGGGGCAUGUCCAUCUACGCAUUCUCCUGCUCUAUUUACUCGCUAACUGUAACAAAGCUGAUGAAGUGGUUCGGUACAAAGGCAGUUUACAUCAGCGGCAUGAUAUACUAUGGAGUUGGUAUGCUUAUUCUCGGACUUUGGCCGACCAAGUGGGGUGUUCUCUUCUUUAGCACCUCGGCUGGAAUACUCUAUGGCACACUGUUCACCAUGCCCUACAUUCUGGUUGCCAACUAUCACUCCAAGAAUUGUUUCCGUGUGCGGAAUGGGGAAACGGUGCCGCUCAAACAGGCACGUGGCUUGGGCACCGAUGUGGCCAUCAUUAGCAGCAUGGUCUUUGUUGCCCAAUUGGUUGUUGCGCUCUGUGUUGGUCCACUUAUCGACUGGGUGCAGGGAACGUGUGCCAUUUUGUAUGCGUCGACGUUUUUAUCCUUUACGGCAGCCAUUUUUGCCAUGUUUGUGCUAUAUGUCUAGGCAGGGUAUUAUAUAUAUAUAUAGUGUAUUAGCUGUAUUAUCAGACUCUGUUUAUCAGUGUUCGCACAUUUUAAUUAAUAUGAUAUUUAUGAUUUCCGCACUGUUAUCAUUCAAAGCAUCUCUGCUUGAUAUACCUAGGGCGCAAUUAUAUA